GUCACACAGAGCUAAUAACGUCUAUGUUUCCCAGGUCUCAGUUUGUGUGGUCAGAAGAGAAGGGAUUUCUGAGAUGAUGGAGCCCCCGUCCAGCUCAAGGUCACAGAGGUUCCACCGCCCAGGGCCACAACUGAGCUGUGACCUCAGAGAGAAGCUGCAGUAUUCACGGCAACUAGACCUACCUGGACCUCAUCUUUCUGCUCCUCCUGAUAAGGGGAAUGAAGGAGACCAAGAUAUGGUGGCCUCACUCCAUAGAUUUGGCUUUAUGGCGAGUGGUGAAAUGAUGCCAGUGACGUUUGAGGAGGUGGCCGUGUUCUUCUCUGAAGAUGAAUGGGCUCUUUUGGAUGAAAAGCAGAAGGAACUGUACAGAGAUGUCAUGCAGGAGAAUUACGAGACUCUCAUGUCGUUGGGAUUUCCGAUCACUAAACCAGAUGUGCUGUCCCAGAUAGAGCGAGGGGAAGAGCCGUGGUUCCCAGAUCUCCAGCGCUCUGAUGAAAGGGAGAACGCAAGAGGCACUAGCACUGGUGCUGGGACGGUGAGCGAGAAGGAGGAAAAAGCCCAGAAAGUUAUAUCUACAGGAGCAGAACCACAAAGGAUGUUCUCAGGGAGACACUGUUGCCUUGAGUGGAGAGAUGCCAGUGAGAGUCAAGGCAGGACAGAGAGGCUCUGGGAAGACCCUCCAGGUAGGAGUAAAUCCACUCAUAGCAAAAGAAGUUUAGAGAAAUCCAAAGACCCCAACACCCACCAGACAGCCUGCACGGGGGAGAGCCCAAACACAAGUACUGAACCUGGGGAAAGUUUCAAUAAAUGCUCGCUCCUCGUUAAGCAUUGUCAGCAAACUUGUGCAGAAAAGGGUGCCUACAAGUGUAAUGAAUGUGGUCAAAGUUUUUCUCAACAACAGUGCCUUCAGAUACAUCUGAGAAUUCACACAGGGGAGAGACUCUAUAAAUGUAAUGAAUGUGGGAAAAGCUUCAGACUCAAGACAAGCCUUGUUCUUCAUCGUUACACAGUCCACAAGUUGGAGAGACCCCAUAAGUGUCCAGUGUGCGGCCAGCUCUUUAUCCUGAGAAAGAGACUUAUUCAGCAUCAGAGAAUCCACAAUGAAGAGAUGCAUAGAGGGUUUAACAAUGGGAUUGUGAGUGAGAACAAGGAUGAGCAUCUCCAGCAGAAAAAGCCAAUGGGAGCGGAGCCUCGUGAGGCAUCUCAGAGAUGUGAACGGGCAGAUGCUGGUAAGAGUCGGGGAAGGAGAGGACAGCAGCGAGUUUCCCCCGCAGGGGGGAAAGACUGUGAAUCUGCUGUAUGUGAAGGAAGUUCUAAGAAAUUGAACCGCACCGUCGCCCACCAGGGAACCAAGGUGGGAGCACAACUGAAGACACAAAGUAAAAGUAAGAGAAGUUUUAGUAGCAGCUCAGCCGCUGACCUGCAUCAGAAAAUCCACCCAGAUGAGAAACGACACAGCUGUGCUGAGUGUGGGAAGAGCUACCGCCAGAACUCACACCUCCGAAGGCAUCAAAAAAGCCACACGGGAGAGAAACCUUAUGUAUGUGCUGACUGUGGGAAGAGCUUUGGACGGAAGUCGCCACUCAGUAAACACCUGCGGACGCACAAAGAGGAGAAACCCUAUAGCUGCGCUGACUGUGGGAAAAGCUUCAGAGAGAGCUCAUACCUUGUUCUGCAUCAGAGAAUCCACACAGGAGAGAAACCCUAUCAGUGUCCCGACUGCGACAAAAGCUUCAGGCGGAAAGGGGACCUUUCCAGUCACUGUAGGACCCACACGGGGGAAAAACCUUAUAAAUGCACUGAAUGCGGGCAAGGCUUCAGGAAGAAAUCAACCCUGACUAAGCACCUGAGGAUCCAUACGGGGGAGAGGCCCUUUAAAUGCCCUCACUGUGAGAAAAGCUUUCGUCAAAACUCCCACCUGGCCCGCCACCGCCGCACACACACGGGGGAAAAGCCCUACACCUGCCCCGAGUGUGGCAAGAGCUACCGGCAGGACUCGCACCUGGCCCAGCACCGGCGCUCCCACACUGGCGAGCGCCCCUACAAGUGCACCGAGUGCGGCAAGGCCUUCUCGCAGAGCUCCAACCUCAUCAUCCACCAGCGCACGCACACCGGCGAGCGCCCCUACACCUGCGGGGAGUGCGGGCGCAGCUUCGGGCACAGCUCGGACCUGGCACAGCACCGGCGGGUGCACACGGGGGAAAAGCCCUUCCCCUGCCCGCAGUGCGGCAAGCGUUUCGCCCAGAGCUCCAAGGUGACCCAGCACCAGCGCUUCCACACCGGCGAGCGCCCCUUCGGCUGCCCGGACUGCGGCAAGGCCUUCCGGCUCAGCGCCGACCUGCUGCGGCACCGGCGCACCCACACCGGCGAGAAGCCCUACGGCUGCGCCGAGUGCGGCAAGCGCUUUGUGGAGAGCUCCCACCUCAUCCGGCACCAGCGCACCCACAUGGGCGAGCGCCCCUACCGCUGCCCGCAGUGCGGCAAGGGCUUCAACCAGAGCUCCAACCUGCUGCAGCACCAGCGCACCCACCGGGGCGAGCGCCCCUACGUCUGCGGCGACUGCGGCAAGGCCUUCGGCGUCAGCUCGGCGCUGCUGCAGCACCGGCGCACCCACACCGGCGAGCGGCCCUACCGCUGCCCCCAGUGCGGCAAGAGCUUCAGCGUCUCCUCCACCUACAACAUCCACCGGCGCACCCACACCGGCCUCAAACCCUACGCCUGUGUUGACUGCGGCAAGGCCUUCAGCCGCAGCUCUGCCCUGCUCCAGCACCAGAGCACCCACACCGGGGAGCGGCCCUACCGCUGCAGCCACUGCGGGAAGGGCUUCGGGCAGAAGGCGGCCAUGGCCCAGCACCAGAGAACUCACCUGGGCCAGGAGCCCACCGGAGUGAUCCCACUGGGGGACUGGGGUGCGGCCCAACUCGGACAGAGCCAGGGGGAGGAGGAGGAGGGUGAUGAGGCAGGAAGCAAGGAGAGCGCCGGGCAGGGGUGAUUGGGACCAGGGCACCGGGAAGGGAAUAUGUGCCUGGCGGGGCAAUGAAGGGAAAAGUGGAAGCUGCAGUGGACGCUGAGGGGAUUGAUAAUAGGAGGAUCACUGUGACGGCUCGAGGCGGCCUGGUUCAAGCUCCAGGGUGGAAGGGGAGGGGAGUACGUGUCUGGGGGGAACGGGUGGCAGGGGACGGGAAGGUCUGUAUAUGUCUGGGGGAACAGAAAGGGCGGUACAUGUCUGAGGGGGGACAUAAGAACAUAAGAAUUGCCCUACUGGGUCAGACCAAAGGUCCAUCUAGCCCAGUAUCCUGUCUACCAACAGUGGCCAGUGCCAGGUGCCCCAGGGGGAAUGAACAGAACAGGUCAUUAUCAACUGAUCAUCCCCUGUCGCCAAUUCCCAGCUUCCGGCAAACAGAGGCUAGGGACACCAUUCCUGCCCAUCCUGGCUCAUAGGUCCAUCAAUGGCUAUCUUCCAUGAAUCUAUCUAGUUCUUCUUU